GGACCAACGACCAACGCCAAAUAAUACCACCCCCCUCCCCACUUACCUUUGCGACAACCUUGAGAACAAAAUGCCGCCAAAACCAGCCUCGAAGGGUCCGAAAACCCCCGCCGCCUCCAAGAAGGCCGCCGAUGCCAAAAAGGCUGCUCUAAAGGGGACCCACGGAAAGAUCACCCGCAAGGUCCGCACCAGCACUACUUUCCAUCGCCCAAAGACCCUCGCGCUUGCGCGUGCACCCAAGUACCCCCGCAAAUCGAUCCCCCACGCCCCCCGGCUCGACCAGUACAAGGUCAUUGUUCACCCUCUCAAUACUGAGAGUGCUAUGAAGAAGAUCGAGGAGAAUAACACCUUGGUGUUUAUUGUGGAUAUCAAGGCCAACAAGAGGCAGAUUAAGGAUGCUAUCAAGAAGUUGUACGAUGUUGACACCGUUAAGGUCAACACACUGAUCAGACCUGAUGGAACAAAGAAGGCCUUUGCCCGCCUAACUCCGGACGUCGAUGCUCUCGAUAUCGCCGCUACCAAGCUGGCGAUCGUAUAGUUUUCUGUCUCUUUUUCUUUCGGGGAGUUUUCUAAAAAAAAAAAAAUCUAUAUAUAUUUUUUUCUUUCACCGCGGGUUGGAACACAUUCACCUUUUCAUGCACGACACCUAUUUGUUGAAUAAACUGGUGAGAGGGGAACUCGGGGUCGUGGGGCAGAACUAUUGUGUAGCAGAAACCAAAAGUGAAAUAGGUGGUCUCGACCCUA